UUUGGGUUGAUCCAUUGAUCGAACUUUAUCGUCGAAUACUUGGUGUUUGUUAACCUAUAUACGCAUACCUCUAUAUGACGGCGUACAACAGGAUUGGUUUCGAUAGAAGCUUUCUACAUCGUCAGACGAAGGUGAACAACACCUGUUCGGGAAUUAUGUAGUCACCUUCGAUGUGGUGGAUAAUACAGAAGUGAUGGGGUUCUAUAGGAAACUAUCCUCCCAGUUCUAUAUGUACGUGUUUGUGUUCAUAUUUACCACUGUAUUGCUGCAAUACUUCAAAUCACGAACUAAACUUGAUACCUUUGUUCCGUUAACACACAAUAACUCUGUCACUCGUAGGCUAGAUAAUGAACACGUGAAGCAGGAUCUAAAACAGCGACUUCACUUCGUAUUUCCUGAUUUUCGAAGAAAGAGUGUCUUACCAUUAAGCUGUCCAUUGCUGUUUUCUGGUAAUUCUUCAGAGCAAAAACGCGCGAUGAUAGUGAAGAGAGUGCCAAAGCAGCUGGAUUAUUACCAGAAGCAAGCCAAGAACUGUGAACACUUCAAAGAGGAUUACAUCACACAUCCUCUGACGCAGGAGGAGAAGGACUUCCCGAUAGCAUAUAGUAUCUUAGUGUAUAAGGAUUUAGCCCAAGUCGAGCGACUUCUGAGAGCUAUAUACCGGCCACAGAACUACUAUUGUAUACAUAUCGAUUUAAAAGCUGACAGAAAUUUCCGAAAGACACUGUCACUAAUCGCAAACUGUUUUGAAAAUGUGUUCAUUACAAAGAUAUCGGUGAAUGUUCAAUGGGGGACGUUUACAGUUCUCGAGCCGGAACUUGUGUGUAUGGAAGAGCUAUGGAAAUACAAGACAUGGAAGUACUUUAUCAAUCUAACAGGACAAGAAUUUCCCCUACGAACCAAUGGAGAGCUCGUGAAAGUUCUGAAAAUCUAUAAUGGUACCAACGACGUGAGUGGCACCGUGAAGAGAGCAAAUAAGCAGCGAUGGGCUAAAGCAGGCAAGCCCCCGGCUGGGAUUCUACCCGGGAAGGGGUCUGUCCAUAUCACCGUCAAUAGACACUAUGUGGAUUAUAUCCUACACAAUCAAACAGCUCACGACUUCCUUGACUGGUGUAAUAAAACGUCGGUACCAGACGAGACAUACUUCGCCUCUCUGAACCACAACCCUCAGCUCGGGAUCCGGGGUUCAGUUAACGGAUAUGUGGAGCCAUAUAUAAUGAACUCUAGAUUCAAAAACUGGGGAAAUCUGCCUUGUGGCGGGAAAGUAGUUCGACAAAUUUGCAUAUUUGGUAUCGAAGAUCUGCCAGUACUUUUCGGGAGAAGCGAAUUAUUUGCGAACAAGUUUUACUGGGACUUUCAGCCUCUUACUCUGGACUGUAUGGAGGAGCUAUUGUAUAACAGAACACGGGAUGGCUAUUUAAACAAAAUGAAAUUUAAUUCAAUGUUAUAUGAAAAUCUGCAAUUUUUGAAGAACCGUACAUGACCAAACCACGUCUGUGAUUCCGUCGGUGAAUGUGGAAUUUUAAGGACGUCAAAACAUGAUAAGAGUUCCCAUAUGGUUGUUGGUCCAUGGGUUAACGAACGCACGUACAUUAUUUUGACAACUGUACUGUUUUUCUCAAAAUAAAUUAUUUUAAAAACA